ACACCAGCUCUAAGAGCGAGAGAGUGAACGAGAGAGGGAGGGAGAGAGUGAGAGCGAGCGAGAUCUUUGGAGAGAUUUUUUUUUUUUUUUUUUUUUGCCUCCUACUUCUGUCUUGAAGCCAGACAAUCGACUUGCAGCUCUCCCUCCCCUCCCUCUCUCUCCACGUUCUGCUCCCACUCUCUCCCCCCUGGCCCCUUCCCCUCCCCUCCGGGCGGAAAGCCCCCCGAAACCAACAAAGCUGAGCCGAGGGAAACAAACAAAACAAACACACCGGGCCAGACAAGCAAUCGACAAAACUUUGCAAAAGCAGAAACAAAAAAGGAAAAACUAAUCAACCUCAACCAACCAGCCCCCGAGCCACCCGGGGCGCCCUCCCGCGCCCUCUCGCACCCUCGCACACACAAAAGGCGGCGCGCCGGAGCCCGAGACCCGGGAGCCGCCGCCGCCCGCAGCCAGGGGAGCAGGAAGUCCGGACGCGGCCCCCAUAGAUAUGGCAAUGGUAGUCAGCACGUGGCGCGACCCCCAGGACGAGGUGCCCGGCUCGCAGGGCAGCCAGGCCUCGCAGGCGCCGCCUGUGCCCGGCCCGCCGCCCGGCGCCCCGCACACGCCACAGACGCCGGGCCAAGGGGGCCCGGCCAGCACGCCGGCCCAGACGGCGGCCGGUGGCCAGGGCGGCCCCGGCGGCCCGGGCGGCGACAAGCAGCAGCAGCAGCAGCACAUCGAGUGCGUGGUGUGCGGGGACAAGUCGAGCGGCAAGCACUACGGCCAGUUCACGUGCGAGGGCUGCAAGAGCUUCUUCAAGCGCAGCGUGCGGAGGAACCUGAGCUACACGUGCCGCGCCAACCGGAACUGUCCCAUCGACCAGCACCACCGCAACCAGUGCCAGUACUGCCGCCUCAAAAAGUGCCUCAAAGUGGGCAUGAGACGGGAAGCGGUGCAGAGGGGCAGGAUGCCGCCCACCCAGCCAACCCACGGGCAGUUUGCGCUGACCAACGGGGACCCUCUCAACUGCCACUCGUACCUGUCCGGAUAUAUUUCGCUGCUGCUGCGCGCCGAGCCCUAUCCCACGUCGCGCUUCGGCAGCCAGUGCAUGCAGCCCAACAACAUCAUGGGCAUCGAGAACAUUUGCGAACUGGCCGCGCGGAUGCUCUUCAGCGCCGUCGAGUGGGCCCGGAACAUCCCCUUCUUCCCUGACCUGCAGAUCACCGACCAGGUGGCCCUGCUUCGCCUCACCUGGAGCGAGCUGUUCGUGCUGAAUGCAGCACAGUGCUCCAUGCCCCUCCACGUCGCCCCGCUCCUGGCCGCCGCCGGCCUACACGCCUCACCCAUGUCCGCCGACCGAGUGGUCGCCUUUAUGGACCACAUACGGAUCUUCCAAGAGCAAGUGGAGAAGCUCAAAGCGCUGCACGUCGACUCCGCCGAGUACAGCUGUCUCAAGGCCAUAGUCCUGUUCACCUCAGAUGCCUGUGGUCUCUCUGAUGUAGCCCAUGUGGAAAGCUUGCAGGAAAAGUCCCAGUGUGCUUUGGAAGAAUACGUUAGGAGCCAGUACCCCAACCAACCAACGCGAUUCGGAAAGCUUUUGCUUCGCCUCCCUUCCCUCCGCACGGUCUCCUCCUCAGUCAUAGAGCAAUUGUUUUUCGUCCGUUUGGUAGGUAAAACCCCCAUCGAAACCCUCAUCCGGGAUAUGUUACUGUCCGGCAGCAGUUUUAACUGGCCGUAUAUGGCAAUUCAAUAAAUAAUAAAUCAAAAUAAGAAGGGGGAGUGAAACAGAGAGAAAGAAAAGGCAAAAGACUGGUUUGUUUGCUUAAAUUCCUUCUGUUAAGAAAGGAUAUAAAAGGAUGUUACAAGUUUGCUAAAAGAAGAGAGGGGAAGAAUUUAAUGGACUGUGAAUUUCAAAAAAAAAGACUGUCAAAUGAACUUUUACAGAAUGCAUUAAAAAAAAAAAACAAACUCCUGUGUCGGUCAGAACAACUUGCUACUUAUCAUUUUUGUAUAAAAAGGAAAUUAGUCUUUUUCUUUUUUUGGUAAAAUUUUGAAAAAUAUUGCUAAAAGUGCAUUUAAGGAGAUUGGGAGAAAAUUAGCAGAAUGGAGAAAGUAAGUCUUUUUUUUUUUCCAAAUUAUUAAUUGUCCUGUGUCUAUGUACCUCUAGCUGUUCUUUUUUGUACUUUCCUGGUUCCAAACCAGUUUAUUCUGUGGUUCUAUAAUAAGUUUUGAUAUAAUCUUGGCUUCUUAAAAACUGUGUAUCCUUAAAAUAUAUGUUCUGCAAGAAUUAAAACUGAGUCCAUGAAAAUAUCAUAGGAAGACAUAAAACUUUAAAAGGCAACUCAAAGAUGAUGGAAACGCACUUACAAGUGGUGACCAAAAAUUUUAGGUGAAGUUGAGCACUCUUAAUUUGAAACUGGAGGAACCACAUACAACACUUAACUUCCCCAUCCCUGCCCUCCCCCCAAAAAAGACACCAUGACAAACCUAGCUUUUUAAAAAUAUUUUAAGAAAGAGAAUGAACUGUGGAAUUUAUUGGCAGCCAAGGAAUGUGUCCAAGACACAUGCUGAGGUUUUGAAUAAAAAGUGAACUUUUGUAAUUUGAA